UUCCUCCGGGUUGCUCAGACGCACACCAGGCAAUCUGUUCCUUGUGCAUGUAGUUCUUGGCUCCAGCCUCCAACUCUCCAAUUUCCUUUGGAGUUUGGGAGGAGAGAGAGAGAGAGAGAGAGAGAGAGAGAGAGAGAGAGAGAGGAGGGAAGCAGGGUGGGGGAAAGAGGAGGCAGGCCGGCCAGCGGCAGCUUUGCUGAAGCAGGGGCCUGCUGCGUGAGAGCAAGGCUGUUGCUGAGGAGGCACCGGUCCCCCUGGCCCCUCCUGCAGAAGAGGCCAGCAGAGAGAACGGGCAGUGGCGGCAGCAGCAGCACCCCGGCACACACCGCCCCGCUGACAUGGAGCAGGCCCUCUACCUCCUGCUCGUCUUCCUUCUGUUGACUGAGGAUUCCACCCAGAUCGAGGACAACAAAAUCCCCAGCCUGUGCGCUGGGCAGCCCGGAAUCCCAGGGACCCCCGGGGUCCAUGGCAGCCAAGGUCUGGCAGGCAGAGAUGGGCGUGACGGCCGUGAUGGGGCACCCGGGAUGCCAGGCGAAAAGGGCGAAGUCGGUCACCCAGGACCAACCGGCCCCAGAGGGGAAGGAGGCGGCCCCGGCACCAACGGCUCCCCAGGAGAGAAAGGGGCUCCCGGGGAGUGCGCGGUGGCGCCCCGCUCCGCCUUCAGCGCCAAGCGCUCCGAGUCACGCAGCCCACCCCUGGCCGACCAGCCCAUCCUCUUUGACGUGGUGCUGAUCAAUGAGCAAGGCCACUACGACCCCAACACGGGGAAGUUCCUCUGCGAGGUCCCCGGCCUGUAUUACUUCGCCGUCCACGCCACCGUCUACCGCAUGAGCCUCCAGUUCGACAUCAUGAAGAACGGCCAGUCGGUGGCCUCCUUCUUCCAGUUCUACGGCAACUGGCCCAAGCCCACCUCGCUGUCCGGCGGCGCCCUGGUGCGGCUGGAGCCCGAGGACGAGGUCUGGGUGCAGGUUGGGGUGGGAGACUACCUGGGCUUCUACUCCAGCGUCAAGACGGACAGCACCUUCACCGGCUUCUUGGUCUACUCCUACUGGCAGAACUCGCCCGUCUUCGCCUGACCGACGUCUUGCCCGCCACACCCUGGGAGGGGGGCUCCUGGGGUCUCCCCCCUGGCUCUGCUGCUAGUGUUGUUGCCCAUGGGGAUCCGUCCGCGUCCUCCUUUCUUAACCCAAGGGGUGCCACGCUCCUUUAGCUAAUGCCAUGUGAGGGCAGUUGGUUCUUUCAUAAGAUCAACCCUGCUGGAUCAGGCCCAAGGAAGCCCGUCUCGUCCAGCAUCCUGUUUCCCACAGUGGCCCACCAGAUGCCUCUGGGGAGCCCACAAGCAAGAAGUGAAGGCGUGCCCUCUCUCCUGCUGCUGCUCCCCUGCCUCUGAGCCUGGAAGUAGCUUGUAGCCACCAAAAGACUAGUAGCCAUUGAUAGCCCUGUCCUCCAUGGAUUUGUCUCAGCCCCUUUUAAAGCCAUCCAAGCUGGUGGCCAUCGCCACAUCCCAUGGCAGAGAGUUCCACAGCUUAAUUAUGCGCCGUGUGGAAAAGUGCUUCCGCAAAGGCCUCCGGCCAGUCCCAAAGCAAGGCACUGGUAGGUGUGAGGCAGGGAAACGAGGCCACAUUUGCACGUUACUCAUGGUGUGGGGGGUAGCGCGCUCAAAGUGGGGUGGGAUGCCACGCCACUUCCUUUCAGGCAGAUGUGACUGAGUCUGGCCUCAUCGGCCCUCGUCCUUUUUCCUCCCCCCUCAAGACCAGCCCUCUUCACACAAGGCUGGCAUUGCAGAGCGGCACCCUCAGGCAGAUGCCCAGGGCCCCCGUACCCUGAAAAGGCCCACUUCUGGCACCAACCCUGCCUGCAUGUGUGACUGGGCGCAGGCAGUAAACAGCAGCCCCCUACACCCCCCCCCUUUGCAUUUGCAGGUAGGCUUUGCAUCACACCAUACUCCCUCCCCUUCUUCCUCUCCCGAGGAAGAGAUGUGCCAGGGGGGCUGUUUGCCUGCCCAAUGGCUGGACCUUCCGCCAUGAAGCCUCGCCCAGAUGGCUUUUCAAGACCAGGCCGGCAGCACUCUUGCUUUUGCUGCCCCCUAGAGUAGGAGGGGGGAUCUGCCCAGGUGCGCAAGAAGCCAAAGGCGGCUCUGCCCUGCCCUCAACACUCUCUUAGGGGGACAUGGCCCAUUCCUCUCCUCUGCUGAGGCCCUUCGUGCGUUUAGCCAGACUAGCAGGCCUUGACUGUUCCUCCAGUUCCUCCACUUGGAAUUGAAGGCCGAGGAGGGCGGACUGGGGCACUGGGUAGAGAGCUGGAUUCGAAUCCCUCUGUAGCCAUCAAGUUAGACUACCUUACCUCACAGGGGCGUUGUGGGGAGCAUUUUGCACACUGAAAAUGCCUUAGAAGUGACUGUUUAAAUAGUAUCAAUAAUAGAUGAACAGGCCUGUUUGCAUAGUAACCUCUUAAUGGAAGCCUCCCUGCACAGAAGCCUCUGUAUAUCUGUUGUGGCCAUCUGUCCUGAUUAGCUACUACAGGUGGCCAUGGCCAGGGAGGCUCACUCCAGCCCAAUCCUUACCCCGCACUCCUAGCAAAUGAGGUACCACUCACUCACCUUCCCUUUCUGGUUUCUUCUUCUUCUUCUUCUUACUGACAAAGAACUGGAAAUCGUUGCCCUUUCUGGGUCCCUUCCCUGCAGGAGGAAGAGAGAAGACCAGGCAUUACUACAAAAGUGUAUAAGCCGUGCAUGGGUCAAAGUGAGGGUUGCAAGAAGACUCUCCAGCCAGAUGCUGGGGGGCGAGGUGGGAACAGGCUGACCCUGCUCACACCUUAUCCUCAGAGAAUAUAUAUGCACCAGUACCCACCGAUUCCCAUUCACGUCCUAAGCUAAUAGGGAUGCAUAGAGCAAUUUAUCCACUAGGGGGCUCUCUGGGCCCAAGUUUGCUUGUCCAGGUUACUACUCCUAGAAUGGGUCUCCUUUAGAAGUGCCAUUUCACACAUGACCUUUUUGUUUUGUUUUGUUUUGCUACAUGGACGCUUAAGUUGAUUAGGUUAUGUGUGCAAUGCACUUGUUUGUGUAGGUAACCUCCCCCCCCCCCUUAAUAUUUCCUAAAUGUAAUGAAAAUAUUUGUUUUUAAAUCUCUGUAUAAGGAAAGCCUUUGGGCAGAUGUUUGCCUGCUAAAUGUCUUGUAGGUCGGUAAUUAACUUUGGCAAAUCAUCUGCCUUUGAACUGAUUACUGAAUCAAUUAAAUGUUAGCCAAGUUUGCAUAGAAUAAUCCAGACUUCCAGGUAGGUGCCUUUCUUGGGAUACUGAAGGCUAUGUACGGUAAAUUAAAAUGUAAUGAAUCUAA